AUGCCGGCCCGGGGCCCGUCGCGAAACGUCGGCGUCGCUCGUCGUCGCACACAAUUCUCCAGCUGUGAUGAAUGCCGUCGCUCGCGUGUGGGUUGCGACGCCCUCAGCCAGGGCACCCGAGAUGACGAGCCCGGGACCUGCACGCGAUGCCAGAACCGAAACAAGCAGUGCACCUUCAAGUGGAUGAAGGACAUCAACAAGGGCGCUGCUGGGCCGAAAAAGGCACCGCUGGGGAAGCGCAACCAACAACGCCGCCAUUCCGCCACAUCGUCAACGACCGAUGGCGGUGCCGCCUCGCGAGACAUGGGAGCUCUCAGCCCCAAGGUCGGGGCCUCGGACAGCAGCAUUCUCGGCAUGGUAGACUGGGCUGCCAUCGGUGGCCCUGCCUCUAUGCGUGACGAUGACCGGUGCAGGACGACAUCAUCACUCAUUGUGCGCUCUCCCACAGACACCGUUUCCACAGCGUACAGCCUAGAAGCCACUGGCUUGGUGAGCAGGGCGUCCCUUCAGGUCAUCUACGACCGUGGGUUUGAUGCCGUUUUUGGCUCUUGGAUGGGCAGACAUGGGUGCCCGUUUCUGCUGGGCGAAAACAGUCUUGCCGAGAAGCAUGCCAGCAUAGCCGCCAUUUGCAGCCGUCUCGACGCAUGGAUGACGGAUGCAUCAGAGGACGAAGCAUUGCCCCUGAUGGACCGGCGGCAACAGAGCCCCCGAGAUGGCCUAAUCGACGAGUCUUUGCAAAACACGAUUGCUGCAUUCUCGGCCCGGUGGUUGCCGCUGAGUUCCAGCAAGACAGAUCCCGAUCAAUGCCAUCGGAAUGCCAUUCACGCGCUCUGGCGACAUGCGAGAAGGGACAUGUUGCGCGUCAUCAACCGGCCGUCAUACCGAUCCAUGUUGGCUCUCUUCCUGUUCGCACUCACGCCCAUACCGGCUGGCAUACACGAAGAUGAAGAAAUGGAUGGCAUAUCCGGCCAGGCUUGCGUCCAUGCGGCCCUUCAGCAGAUCCAGACCCUACGAGCGAGGCAGCGCAACCUACAAUUCAGCGGCUCCAAGGUGUCGCCGUCGUCCCUCAAGUCCAACAAGGCCAUCUGCACCAGCCCCGAGUCCAUCGGCACGUCCGACUUCAUCGCCGCCGAGAGCAUCGCCUACUGGGCCGCCUUGACCUUUGACACGUCCGCAUCUCUCACGCUCAACUGCCGGUCUCUUCUCUCGUCGGGACUCUUCGGCUUCGAAGCCGAGCUGCCCUGGCGACUCGUGAGGACCGGAGCCAAGAUGUUCGAAGAGACCACCCACGAUUGGCGGGUUGAUGGCCUGCUCGAGAUGACAGACGAUCGGGCGAACCAGAUCAUUGCGAACGGAACGUCUUGGAAGCUGCUCGCCUGGAAGCUCACGGCCGUGUUUAAAGAAGCACUCAGGGACGGUCACGACGAGUCCGAGGUCCUCAAGGGCUACAGUCGCGUCACCGAGUCUAUGCAGCACUUCAACGAUACAUAUCGCCAGCCGCUGGAGCAGUGCCAGAGGCGGAUGCAGUUUCUGGAGCAACAGACGAAGCUACGCUGGUACUCAUUGAUGUUGCACUACCACCUCAGCAUACUUAUGCUCGAGGACAUUAUCGAAGCUACGGGCCGCUACGACCUCUUGCCCGGCCUCAGCACCGCGACUGCCGACGCCGAAAACGCAGUCAUGAACACCCUCGUUUUUGGCCUCCACAACACUUUCACGCUGAGUUUCAAGAGCAGCUCCGUUGGCAGCAGCAGUAGCCCCGGGGACGUAGACGGUGACGCAACAGACGCGGUCAUUACAGUGCCGCUCAUCUCCAUGGACCCGUACCCGCACCAUGUCGUCGCGAGCGUCCAGUUGAUGCGAAAGGCGAUUGACCGCCACCUGGCGCUAGGUAAGAUCAGCGUCGAGUCUCACACCAGCCUCCUGGCGACACUGGAGCAAACCCUCGGCCAGCUUCCCCAGAGUUCCAAGUCAGUCCAGGCUGCGAGGAACAGGUUUUCUCAGCAAAAGGCACCGGGCGAUGGGGCCGGUCUGCACCAAGACCCACCUGAAUAG